GCACUCUUCUCUGGCCCAGUGGAAGUAUUACGUUGUUUGAUUUUUCUUUUGCGUUUCUUUUACAUAUUCUUUAAAUGUUAAUUCCGGCCAAAAGCACAAGAAACACUGGAUUCAUCAAAUUUCGACUACUGAAAUACAGAUUUACGAGAUACUUGAACGCCUCACGAUCCUUACGGAACCACGUUAGAAAAAUAUCGUCAUUCGCUUUUUUAUACACAUCCAUGGUCGCCGGCCUUGUGAGCCCGCGCUGUUGUGGGAAAAUCCAGCUGGAUCUGGGGAGUCCUACCCCAGGGUCAUGGCUGUCAAACUGAUGCAAAGAUUUCCGCUGCUUGGCCAGUUCGGAAUUAAACGUUUCCCCCUUGUUGGACCGGUGUGUCCCACCAGACUCCAGAGUAUCAGAUGUGUAGGCGAGUCCUUAUGUGUAGCCUGCCUGUGUUCCCCAGCCGGCGGCGGCGGCUGCAUUCGGAGACAGGGCUGCAGGAAGCUCCAGCAGAACUGCGGGAGAAGGAGCCUGACCACCACCAUCAUCAGGGAGCCGUUCUUCGUUGCCAGUAGCUCUGUGGGACUCCACAGAGAUUCGGGGCCUCGGUUCCGUCUGACCCAGCUGCACCGACCCACAAGUGCAGAGGAGGAGGCUUUCCAGCAGCGUCUAAGGAACUGCUCCUCUUCCCGGCAGGUCUUUGCACUGCUACGCUCAGUAGGGAUCAUGUCUGACACCAUGGCUGCAGCAGCACUUCAUCGCGUGGCCGACCUGGAGCAGGUGGGAAACGCUCUUAAAGAUCCUACAGUGCUGGAGAAUGACACCGUGGUAUCCCUGUGCUUCCAGUUGGAGCAGGACUCUUGGCGGCUGACGGAUGGUGGACUGGUAUCAGCUCUGCUGGCUUGCUCACGCCUCUUCUUGGAUCCUUGGAGCACGCUGAUGGUGCGGCUCGUGUCUGAGAGCCAGGAGAGGUUAGAUAGAGGGCAGAUUAGUGUAGGGUACCUGUGCACCCUGGGCCAUGCAAUGCUGGCUAUGGAGGGUCCUGGCUGUGUGAUGCUGAAGCAGGUGAUGGAGCAAAUCCAGAAGCAGAAGCCUGCCCAGUGGAGCAUGGCAGAUCUCGUUGGUGUUUAUAGAUUUCUGCAAAGUGGUAUGGCUCAAGAUGGAAAAUACCAGGACCUGCUGAAUGCCAUGCACUCCCACGCUGUGACAGUCACAUCCCGCAUGAAUCCAGCUGCUGUCAGUGGACUGCUCGGUGCUCUCAUGACCCUGAAUCAGACACAGGCCAUGCCUCUUGUGAUCAAUCUGUGCAAGCAGGCUGUACGGUAUGUACCUCAAUUUACUGAUGAGGAGCUCACCGUUGUGCUUGGGGCCCUUAUGCACUUUGGUCACAGCGAUCAUUACUUUGUGGAGGCGAUGGAGAAGUAUGUACCCACAAUGACAUUCACUUCCCACCCAGAGACAGUUACCAAGGUGAUUCAUUUCUUUGGCCGGAGGAACAUCCUGUCCCCCAUUGUAUGUGACGCUGUUGCAGAGAGCUUUGUGUACCGAGCAGAUGACUACAGUACCAGCCAGGUAGCCAGACAGAUCAUGGCCCUGGGAAAGCUUGGCUACAUUCCCCCCAAUGCCAGUGAAGUUUUUAGGAAAGUUGAGACCAUCCUGCAUUCGCGCUUUUCCCACUUCCAACCUCGAACGCUGCUCAACCUGCUCCACUCCUGUACCCUGGUGGAGAGAUUUCCUGUUAACUUUGUCUCCAAAGUCUUCAGCAGUUACUUCCUCCAGCAACUGCAAGAGCAGGACACGGGGAUGGAUCGGUUCAUUCUGGCACAGCUGACUCAGCUUUACAUGACUUUGAAGCUGGAGUGUCCUUUCUAUGAGGGUCCCAGACUCCUUCCCAAGUACCAGGUCAAGUCCUUCCUCAUGCCCGGCCGCUCUCUGGAGACACCAAUGGACACACAUCUGUACAACUCUGUGAAAAGUGGACUGGUGGAUUUGCUCGGGGCUCGUUCAUACUUCGCUUCUAAAGUUCUGACACCUUACUGCUACACACUCGAUGUGGAGAUAAAACUUGAUGAAGAGGGAUAUGUGCUGCCUGCCAUGCAAACUGAUGAUGUAAGCAAAAGGAUAGCUCUUUGUAUUGAUGGACAAAAGAGGUUCACUACAAACAAGAGGCAGCUGCUUGGGAAGGAGGCCAUCAAGCAGCGACAUCUGAGGCUUCUGGGAUAUGAAGUUGUUCAGAUUCCUUACUAUGAAUUUGAAAAACUGGAAAAGAAGACCAGUGUGGUGGACUAUCUGCACCACAAAAUCUUCCCUCACACCUAUAGGCUGAAAUGGUGAUGGGAGAAAGGAGCAUUGCUGUGGAUGGCUUAUCAGGGGCUUAUCAGAGUAUUUUCUAACUUAAAGAAAAUCUGUAUUUAUUUUUUCAUUACAAACUGAAUGUGAUUAAAUUAUUGAUUAUGAACUUGUGCCUGUUAAGCUUGACAAUAAAGUAACUUUUACAUAAA